AUGUCCGACGCGGACUUCGACAAAGUGCGGGCGGCGCAGGCAGAGCGCAAUGCAGGAAAGAAGGGCUUCAACGACUCCUCCAGCCAGCGCACUAACACCAACAAGGGCAUCUCUCUUACCGAAAACUUCGACAAGGACCUGUACGGCAACGAUGCCGGCGGCGACAAAUUUGCUGGCUACAACACAUCCAUCGCCGUGGCCGAGGAUGAGGACAUGGAGGACGGUGACAACGAUGGGCGAUUAGUUGGUCAGUACACAGCUACGGCGGCACAGAUUGGAGAAUGGGCGACGGGCGACACGGCAGAGGACGAUAUCCUACAAAGCCGGGAGAAGCAGGCGCAGAUUGCUAGCCGAGAAACAGACUAUCAGAAGCAGCGAUUCAAGCGAGGACUCGAUGGCGAUGAGAAGACGUACCGCGAGACCAUGCAACAGCGAGAGAUUGAGCGGGAAGAGCAACGUGUGCAGAGGCUUAUCGAAGAGCAGCAGAAGGAGAAGCUGGCAAAUGGCGACGAUGAUGAUGACAUGGACAGCGUGGAACAUCAAGCGACGCUCAAGGAGGGUACACCCGAGUCAGCCAAGCCAGCAGAGAUCAAUGGCGAGGAGAAGCCAAAGCGAGUGAGGAAGCGACGAUGGGACACCAGCGCUGAAGAUGCCGGUGAAACAAAUGGACAUACCGAGACGAACGGCGUCAACGGCCAUGCGACGAACGGAGAUGCGGCUAUCAAAAAGUCUCGAUGGGACUCUACACCAGGACCAGAUGGCGAAGCCGCGCCUGCAAAGAAGAGAUCAAAGUGGGAUCUCGUGUCGGCUGGCGGCCACAAUACCCAAGCUGCCCCGGAUGCUACACCGGCGCAGCCCAUGGCAGGCUUCGGAACAGACAUCUCUGGCAGAAACGCACCUCUCUCAGAUGAAGAGCUGGACGAGAUGCUACCGAGUGAGGGUUACAAGAUCUUGGAUCCACCACCUGGCUACGAACCACUGCGAGCUCCAGCACGACGACUCGCGCCUGCGGCGACUCCCGCCAACACCGGGGGCUUCAUGAUGCAAGAGCCUGUAGACGCACGAUCCAUGGGCAAGCAGCUGCCAUCCGACAUUCCUGGCGUGGGCGAUCUCCAGUUCUUCAAGGCAGAGGACAUGGCAUACUUCGGUAAGCUAGUCGAUGGUGCAGACGAGAACGACCUCAGUGUGGACGAGCUCAAGCAACGAAAGAUUAUGCGAUUACUCCUCAAGGUCAAGAACGGUACACCGCCGAUGCGGAAGACCGCUCUGCGUCAGCUCACAGACAAUGCACGGAACUUCGGGGCGGGUCCUCUAUUCGACCAGAUCCUGCCACUGCUGAUGGAGAAGUCCCUCGAAGAUCAGGAACGCCAUUUGCUCGUCAAGGUCAUCGAUCGCGUCUUGUACAAGCUUGAUGAUUUGGUACGACCCUACACCCACAAGAUCCUGGUCGUCAUUGAGCCAUUGCUUAUUGAUCAAGACUACUACGCCCGCGUCGAAGGUCGAGAGAUCAUCUCCAAUCUCGCCAAAGCCGCUGGUCUUGCGCACAUGAUCAGUACGAUGCGACCGGAUAUCGACCACGUGGAUGAGUACGUACGAAACACAACUGCGCGUGCCUUUGCCGUUGUCGCCUCAGCACUAGGUAUUCCUACUCUGCUUCCAUUCUUGAAGGCAGUCUGCAAGAGCAAGAAGUCAUGGCAGGCCAGACACACUGGUGUCAAGAUUGUGCAGCAGAUUCCUAUCCUUAUGGGUUGCGCUGUACUUCCACAUCUCAAAGGCCUGGUAGACUGCAUCGGCGAGAACCUCAAUGACGAGCAAGCCAAGGUCAGAACAGUCACUGCACUAGCACUUGCUGCUCUUGCUGAGGCUUCCAACCCAUUCGGUAUCGAGAGCUUCGACGACAUUCUCAACCCACUGUGGACUGGUGCACGUAAACAACGUGGCAAAGGUCUCGCUGGUUUCUUGAAGGCCGUCGGUUACAUCAUUCCGCUCAUGGACGAAGAGUAUGGAAACUACUACACUGCUCAGAUCAUGGAGAUUCUGCUGCGAGAGUUCCAGAGUCCCGAUGAGGAGAUGAAGAAGGUCGUGCUCAAAGUUGUCAGCCAAUGUGCUGGUGGCCAGGGUGUGACUGCUGCAUAUCUGAAGGAGACAGUGCUCAACGACUUCUUCAAGAGCUUCUGGGUACGACGGAUGGCACUUGACAAGCGCAACUACAAGCAAGUCGUCGAGACCACCGUUGAUCUCGGUAACAAGGUCGGCGUUGGCGAGAUUGUCGAGCGCAUCGUCGGCAACCUCAAAGACGAAAGCGAAGCUUACAGAAAGAUGACGGUCGAGACGAUCGAGAAAGUCAUCUCUGCACUAGGCGCAGCUGACAUCAACGAGCGUCUCGAGGAGCGUCUGGUGGAUGGUAUUCUGCACUCUUUCCAAGAACAGAGCGUGGAAGACAUUGUUCUGCUGAACGGUUUCGGCACAGUUGUAACGGCAUUGGGCACACGAUGCAAGCCGUAUCUACCGCAGAUCGUGUCGACUAUCCUAUGGCGUCUCAACAACAAGUCUGCCACAGUACGACAACAAGCAGCAGAUCUGAUCACUCGCAUUGCCAUUGUCAUGAAGCAAUGCGACGAAGAUGCACUUCUUGGCAAGCUCGGAAGUGUGCUUUACGAGUACCUCGGUGAAGAGUAUCCAGAGGUCCUGGGUAGUAUCCUGGGUGCCAUGAAGAGCAUCGUCACCGUCGUCGGUAUCAGCAGCAUGCAGCCACCCAUCAAGGAUCUACUACCACGCUUGACACCGAUUCUGCGAAACAGACAUGAAAAGGUGCAAGAGAACACUAUCGACCUUGUCGGUCGUAUCGCCGAUCGUGGACCAGAAUCUGUCAAUGCACGAGAAUGGAUGCGAAUCUGUUUCGAGUUGCUUGACAUGCUCAAGGCUCACAAGAAGGGUAUCCGACGAGCAGCGAACAACACAUUCGGUUUCAUUGCCAAGGCCAUCGGACCGCAGGAUGUUCUGGCAACACUUCUCAACAACUUGCGUGUGCAAGAACGCCAGUCGCGUGUCUGUACCGCCGUCGCCAUCGGUAUUGUCGCAGAGACGUGCGCACCCUUUACUGUGCUUCCAGCACUCAUGAACGAGUACCGCGUACCCGAGCUCAACGUACAGAACGGCGUGCUCAAGUCGCUGUCUUUCCUCUUCGAGUACAUUGGUGAGAUGGCAAAGGACUACGUCUACGCUGUCACACCACUUCUCGAGGAUGCCUUGAUCGAUCGCGACCAAGUGCAUCGACAGACUGCGGCCAGUGUAGUAAAGCACGUUGCCCUCGGCGUGGUUGGUCUGGGUUGUGAAGACGCGAUGCUGCAUCUACUCAACCUUCUCUACCCCAACCUCUUCGAGACCUCGCCACAUGUUAUCGACAGAGUCAUCGAAGCCAUAGACGCUAUCAGACUGGCUGUUGGAACCGGCGCAGUUCUCAACUACGUAUGGGCUGGUCUCUUCCAUCCUGCUCGGAAAGUGCGAACACCAUAUUGGCGGUUAUACAACGAUGCGUACGUACAGAGCGCAGAUGCCAUGGUGCCGUACUACCCCGUCGUGGAAGACGACAAGCUCAGGAGGCAUGAGCUUAUGGUUGUAUUGUAA